AGGACCCUCCCGCCCCGCAAUGACAAGUGCGCUGUGGCUGGCGCUGCUGGGGCUGUGGCCGGGGCUGUGGCCGGGGCCGUGCCCGGGGUUGGCGGCCGCCCCCCGCCUGCGCCCCCCGGACCCCCGCGCCGACCUCGACAGCGUCAUCAGCCUGGCCAAGGCCCUGCUCAGCGACACCAAGGCUUUCCUCGUGCUCCUCAAGUCGCGGUUCCCGGCGGAGGGGGAGCACAAGCUGGACUCGCUGCCCGUCCUCUCCAUGAACGCCGUGGAGCUGGCCAACAUCCAGGCGGCGGGGACGCUGGGGCGGCUCAGCGGGGACCUGCAGCGGUACCGGCGGCACCUGGAGUGGCUGCGGCGGGCGGGCCCGGCGCUGCGCCCGCUGGAGCCCGAGCUGGGAGCCCUGCAAGCCCGGCUGGACCGGCUGCUGCGCCGGCUGGACCACCUGCUCUCCCGCCUGAGCCUCCCCCGGCCCAGCGUCCCCCAGCCGCCGCUGCCGAGCCCCGGGUCGCCCUGGGCGGCCGUGCAGGGCGGCCACGCCGUGUUCCAGAGCCUCCACCUCUACCUGGACUGGGCCUCGCGCGCCCUCGUCCUGCUGCGCAACAAGCUGUGACGCCGCCGCCGCCGCCCCUAAUUUAUUCUUAUUUAUUCGCCUCGCCC